AUGACACAUGCUAGAAAAUGAGUUCCUCAUGUGCAAUGUGUCACCCCAUGUAUUUCAUAACUGUUAAAUAUAUAAAUAUAAAGUAAAGUUUUAUCUUGUAACAAAAAAAAAAGUUUUAUCUUUCCUUUCAUUGCAUGUAGACAAUUUAGCAUAGAUAAGAAUUAUGCGGUAGGUGGGGGAAGAAGCCUUGAUCCUAAACUCAUGUCAUAGUUGCAGUUACAGUAAUCACUUUUCAAGUUUCCAUCUUCAAUCUCUCAUGAAUCAUGGCCUAUUACAACUCUUCCUAUUCUGGAUCUGAUUAUUAUGGUGAGAACAAUUUCAACUCUUAUGCUUUCAAUUAUAAUUAUCCUCAAGUUCCAUCUUUUAUGACUUACAACAAUAGCUAUGACUACAAUCAACAAAAUUAUGCCUAUGAUUCAAGUUCAUAUUCAUAUUUUUCUCCUAAUAAUAAUUACCAUGAUCAUAGUUAUAAUAACCAAACCAUAGCAUAUUCUACCACAACUUUUAGUGACCCAAAAUAUCUUGUGUAUGAUCCCAAUUAUGGUAUGACUCAACUUGUGCUAUCUUAUUCUACCUUGGAAUUCAAUGAACCUGCAUUUGAUGAAUAUGAUCCAACACCUUAUGGUGGUGGAUACGACAUUGAUAAAACCUAUGGUAAGCCUCUAUCACCUUCUGAUCAAAUUUGUUAUCCUCGUUCUGGCACAACUCCAAUUCCUGUUCCAAUUCCAAUUACUGUUCCUCUUCCUGUGGAAGAGAAAAAACAUGAUGAGAAAGUAAUCAUACCUCAAAAUGUAACCAAUGACCAAGUUGCUGUAGAGAAACCACAGUUACAAGAUAGUACUAUAAAAGAAACUAGUGCAGCUUAUGAAGGCAAAGAAUCCGAAGAUAGUGAAGAUUAUAGUGAGGAAAAUGAUGACGACGAAGAUGAUUACAAUUCAGGGUCUAGUUAUGGAGGUGGGUUUGUUGAGAAUGAGAUUAAGAAGGAAGUGGAAGUAGUGGCUGCUCCUCCUCAAUAUCCUAGUGGAUAUGGAUUGGAAGCUAUGGAUAUAUGUGAAAGUUUGUUCGGAUAUUGGCCUUGUUUGGCAAAAAUGAAGAGAGAAAAUUGUUGUGGAGUUGUUCAUAGAGGAAAUAAUUGUGAGGAGAAUAUGUGGAAAGGAACUGCAGAUUAUCUGUUUGGAAAUCCAUAUCCAUAUGAUGGGAGAAGGGAUGAUGAUUAUGGAGGAGGAUAUGGCUAUGAAAGGUAUUGAUUACACUGUUGAAUCUUUGGUGACACAAAUAAAACAAAUUGUUUUGUUAUGUAAUGGAAGAAGUUGAAGAUGUAAAGCUUGUUUUUGUUGUAAUAAUAAAUAUAACAAUUUGAUUGAAAGAUGUGAAAAGAAGAAAUUUUCAUGUUUACAUGUU